UGAUAACGGACAAACUUGAGAAGAUUCACGUUUUCUAAUCAUAGGCAAACACAAAGUGUCUGGCAUUGCACACCGCCAAACGCGGCUCAGGAAAUUAGUUAGCAACCGACCGCAUGAUAGGACAGAUCGUUCUCUACCUUCCAGAAGAUCAUGUCAGCUUCAAAUCAAGUUAACGUCCCAAAUUAUCUGAAUGAGGAACUAGUCAGAAAAUCACUCAUUAACGAGUUUCACAGCGAUGACUUGCAGGUCGUCAGUUUGGACAUUUCACCAGCAACAUCGAGUGGCGAUAAUUAUAUGAGUGACGUAUUUCGCAUUCAUGUUAAAUUUCGCAUCUCACCGAAGGUGCAAACCAUGCAGGAAAUAUCACUGGUGGUAAAAUGCCUACCGUUUACCGGCAAUCGGGGACCAGUAAUCGAGGAGAUGAUCGUAUACGAAAAAGAAACGGAGAUGUUUCUGAAUGUUAUUCCACAGCUGUCGAAAAUCUCCAACAAUGAAUUCUUCGCCGCCAAGUGCUACUAUGCCACUCGUGUUCCAGAGCGGAUGCUGGUAUUUCACGACCUCAAAUCGAUGAAUUUCACCAUGGCCAACCGCCAUGCCGGACUGGACUUCGACCAUUGCGCGUUGAUUAUGAGGAAAAUUGGAAAAUUUCACGCCGCGUCGAUGCCGUUUAGCGAGCGUAACAUGGAUAUAAUGAACAAGUACUUCCACUUCAACAUGUUCAAUCCGUCCGUUGAGAAGAGAUCCGACUGCAUUAAUAUGAUUUUUGAACAAGGACUGGGAACGUUUAUUGAUGUAGCUGAGAACAACUGGGAUGAUUUUGAUCCGAAAAUAAUAGCGAAACUCAAGAAACUACUGCCUACAUAUGUAUCUAAGCUAGAAGCAUGCUUGACGCAAAAGUUUGAUGACGGAUAUAAGGUAUUGAAUCAUGGAGAUUUAUGGUGCAAUAAUAUGCUUUUUAAGUACAACGAAAAGUCCGGCAAAGUAGAAGACGUAGUUUUCGUGGAUUACCAGAUUUGCUACUACUCCAGCCCGGGAGUGGAUCUCAACUAUGCCAUCGCUAACUGUCCUAAUCUGGAGACUCGCAAUCGAUCGGACGAGUUGAUCGUUAUCUAUCAUCAAGCACUGAGUGAAACGUUAAAAUCUGUUGGUUAUCCGCGAAUUCCAUCCCUGGAUGAUGUGUACCAUGAAAUUCGGAGAAUGGAAUUCUUCUCACUGGUUUCGGUCGUUUCGGUUCUUCCUAUCGUGAUGAUGGAAAAAUCGGACUCGGUUAAACCCAGCUUCGAGGCGUUUUAUGACAAAGAGCUAGCGGACAAAGUUCGCCGGAUACAGUACGGUGGAAAAAUGUUUCAGGCGAUUGUGAAACCGAUGCUGAAACAGUUCGAUGAUAGAAAAUUACUGGAUGUGUAGAAAUAUUAUUGGUUUUUAGAAUCAUUUGUGAAUUUUAUUGUAUUAAAAUAAAUCUUCAGUACUACUUAAAAAA